AUGUCUAUAUGGAACUACUGUGUUCUGCAGGCACUCGAUGCCACAACACAAAAACCAGCUGCUGGACAGCAGAAUGUGCCUGCCAAUUUCGCUACUCGCUCAGGGUCCAAUGCUGUUUUCAGAAUUUGCAGCCAUCCAAACGAAACUAUCAUAGGCGGGAAUGUGAUCCUGGUGUGCUACUACUCAAAGACUGAUUGGCUGCCAAUUAACUACACACUUUUCAGAAGCCAGACCAAGGCUGUAGGCUAUGCAACAACGUACAAGACUGAAGAAAGGGCUGUGUUUAACCUCACAGUCAUGUCCACCAGUGAUCUGGGUGAAUACAAGUGUAAAGCUCAAAGAUUUAAUAAAUCCAGAUACAGCCUUGGACUCAACAUUACAUUAAGAGUGGCAGAAGAGAAAAAGAACAAAAACUUGGUAGCAUACAUUGUGCCUCCCUUGCUGUUGCUGCUGUUGCUGCUAGCAGUAAGUGCAGCAAUUGCACUGCUGAUUCUUCCUUGGUGUAAAGCAAGAAAACAGAGUACAGGCAGCAAACCAACUGUUGUCGUUUCAGCCCAUCGCCCAAGCAGUGACAACGGUGACGUUUAUGAUACUGUAUAUGAAGAAAAUGAGUAUUGCAAUGUGAAACUUAAAACCAAAAAGGAAGACAACAGAAAUGUGAUCCUUGGUGGGGAUAGUACUGUGCACUAUGCAGAAGUUGUCAUCCGAAGAUAAAAAGGACUCUAGUUUGAUACAAGUUGUCUCAAGAUACUACAGCCAAGAUGACACAGCGGAUCUAGAGCCUUUCCUUUACCUUUUGACAUGUUCAAUAUUACCUGCUUUCCCCAGCUACGUGUCUCCAACCUGAGGUUCAGCAUUUAUUCAAACUGACACAGCAGCAAUCAAGGAAGUGGAAAACAACCACCUCACUUCACUGGUUCCAAG